GCCAGAUCAGAGCGACUCUGCUUCACCACUCGCCCACACGAAGGUCGCGCAUGUGGGAAUAGCAUUUUCAGCUCUUUGGGUCAAAUAAUCUCAUCAAAUGGGCAAAAUGUGCACUUCAAAUCAAGCUUGACACGCUCCCACCCCGUCAGAGCGUACGCACAUAAACGCGUAUCCCUCGUACCCUCGGCCUCCAUCCGGACUUCACUGUCCCUCGUGCUAGUCACGAGGUCUCCCAAUUCCUUCACCUUGUCGUCACGACCUAGUUGUCAAGACAAGUAUCUCUCGUGGUCUCGGCGACACGAAAUAUAUGCCUCUGUUCAAGUUUCUUUCGCUUCCCCUUUUCAGAAGGCCUUUUUUGGCCUGACGGAACGGUCACAAAGAGAUGAAAAACGAGCAGGCUAUUGUGGUGUCCAUCCCCCUCGCACGCGUUUACAUCUUAAUCGGCCGACACGAGCAGGCAAUGAUGCACACGCGAUCAUACACACCGUUCGGGCAACUCGGGUACGCACUGAGUGUGUCCCAUCUAAACAGGUGCAUAACCGUGUGUUAGACAGUGUCUCUGAGACAAUGAGCAUAAACGCGCUCUGCAACCCCCGGCCCAUCUCCUUUCCCGCCGUAGCCAGUGCUCACUCCGGCCACCACCCCUCUACGGAUCGCCCAGCCCAAUUUAACCUGGUAACCAGGGCACUGGAUUUGAGACGGCCGACGCGUCGAGGCCGCACUGGCUUGUAG